CUUGACUCUAUGGAUUUACUCAUUCCUUUUCCUCUAUUUUUGUCAUCUAUUCCCACCAAGGAGUCCCCAGCCCCAGAUGUUGGGUGAGGAGAGGGGCUGAAACUUCUGCUCUCUGGAGGAAAGGUUGCAGGCGAUGAAGAGGAAGAGCAGCUGAAGGAAAACCUCUGGUAAAUAGGGUCUUUUGCCUUUUGGAAAAUGCAUUUACCACACUCCUUGGCAAGUGCCUCAGAAAGAACAGAACGUGUUUGCUUCCAGAGAUGAACACAUCUUCUCAACUGUAUGUUUCUGAACUAAACCUGAGUGCCUUUGGCAGCAACUUUACUGUGCCUACUGUCAAGAGCAAGUUAUCGCCAUGUGAGCAAGUGGUCAUUGCAGCUGAGGUGUUCCUAACUCUGGGCAUUGUAAGCCUCCUUGAAAAUAUCUUAGUUAUAUGUGCAAUAGUUAAGAACAAGAACUUGCAUUCACCCAUGUAUUUUUUUGUUUGCAGUUUAGCAGUAGCUGACAUGCUGGUUAGUGUGUCUAAUGCUUGGGAGACCAUAACGAUAUACUUAAUAAACAACAGACACAUAAUUAUGGAAGAUGCCUUUAUCCGUCAUAUAGACAAUGUCUUUGAUUCAAUGAUAUGCAUAUCUGUGGUGGCUUCCAUGUGCAGUUUGCUGGCUAUAGCAGUAGACAGGUAUAUCACUAUCUUCUAUGCGCUGCGUUAUCACAACAUCAUGACAGUGAAAAGAUCAGGGCUUAUUAUUGCAUGCAUCUGGACCUUUUGCACGGGCUGUGGCAUUAUCUUCAUUCUUUAUUAUGAAUCAACUUACGUGAUCAUUUGUCUCAUCACGAUGUUUUUUACCAUGUUGUUCCUCAUGGUCUCGCUGUAUAUCCAUAUGUUCCUCCUGGCUCGUACUCACGUGAAGAAAAUAGCUGCUUUGCCUGGGUACAACUCUGUCCGUCAAAGAACCAGCAUGAAAGGAGCCAUCACUCUGACUCUGCUUCUUGGCAUCUUCAUUGUUUGCUGGGCUCCAUUCUUCCUUCACCUCAUCCUGAUGAUCUCCUGCCCUCAAAACCUCUACUGUGUUUGCUUCAUGUCUCACUUCAACAUGUACCUCAUUCUCAUUAUGUGCAACUCAGUGAUUGAUCCUUUGAUCUAUGCCUUUCGUAGCCAGGAAAUGAGGAAGACCUUCAAAGAGAUAAUUUGUUGCUAUAGCUUGAGAAUGGCCUGUGGGUUAUCAAACAAGUAUUAA